GCUAUACAAUUGGACGAUCGUGUGUGGUUCAAUUUCCGGAUGGCAGGUGCCAGCGGCCAGCCAAUAACAGCAUCAUUAACACUUUGCAGGGGAAUAGCUUUAGAAUCUGUCAGUCUGGACACGCCAUGGUUGGUUCGAGGUUGCUCUGGUGGCUCUGCCAGUUGACACUCAUAGUUGCCAGCUCGUCCAGCAAAACGCGUAUAGUGGGUGGACAAGAAACAACGAUAGCACAGGUUCCAUACCUGGUCUACCUGCGUCAGAGUGGCUAUUUCAUCUGCGGUGGAUCCCUGAUCUCGGCCAGCGUGGUGCUUAGUGCCGCACAUUGCGUUUAUGGAUCUCAGCCAGAGGAUUACACCAUCCAUGCCGGCGCCAGUCGUUUGGAUGAGAAUGCUCCUGUGGUUCGCAGCGUAACCAUGUUUCACAUUUCGCCCAGCUACUCUUCCACCAACUUUGACAUGGACGUGGCUUUGUUGCAACUGCAGGAGCCUGUUUCCUUGAUUACAGGACAAGUGGCCGUCAUUAGUCCUUGUCGCCAUCCGCCGGAGGGUAAUGCCUAUGCCAGGAUCAGUGGUUGGGGCGUAACCCGCGAGAACAAUCGCGAUCCCGCCGAGCAAGUCCGUACGACUAUGGUGCGGGUUCUUUCGGCUGCAGAGUGCCAAAUCUCGUAUGCCGCAGUGGCCAAGCUAAGUGAUUCCAUGCUCUGUGCCGCCGUUCGAGGUUUAAGGGACUCCUGCUCCGGCGAUUCCGGAGGUCCUUUGGUCUACCGCGGUCAAGUUUGUGGCAUUGUCUCCUGGGGAUUCGGCUGUGCCCGUCCAGCGUUUCCAGGUGUUUACACCAGUGUGGCUAGUGGAAGGGUUUAUUCCUUUAUAGAACAAACACUAAGGAGGAUUCAAAACUAACACUGCUGAGCAUGAAUGAUCAAUGGCGCCUUUAAAUCCCU